AUGAAUAUACGGAAACAAAAUUUCACCACAUCCUCAAAUUUACAAAGAAAACUCACACUACCACCAUUAAAAGACGAAACGCUUCGUAAUGAGGUUUUAACACAUCCAUCAACGCCACAAAACAAUCAUCAUUCAUACAAAAGAUAUUGUUUUUACGGGGAUAAGGUUUACAAUUAUUUCAUAGCAAGGGAGUUAUAUAAUAAAUUGCCUAAUGCAAGUAAUGCGGAACUCACAAUACGAACUCAUCAACUCAUAUCAAGAAGUUUUCUUGCGAAAAUAGCCAUCGAAUGUGGUUUAGACAAAUCAAUUAAGUUGGCUAAAAAUUAUCCCAUGUCUGACGGAAUCUUGAGCGAAAAUGUUGAGGCACAUUUUGCCCUUUACAUAUUAAACGGUAUGGAAGAUGAAAUGAAACAGUUUAUCGCUGAGGUUGUUGACUAUUAUUUUGAGAAAGAAGUCGCUCAAGAAGGAAAAAUUCAAGUUGACGAUGAUGUUAAUGAUAUGCAAAAAGAAAUGAUGGUUAAUGAUAAUAAAGAGGAGUAA